CAUUCCAAUAAAUGCCAAGGAGGUAUUUCUACAGUUGUGAUUUCUUCUUCUUCUUGUCUUCUGUGUUUAUAUUUGGAGUUGAUGCCGUCGUGUUAUUUCAGUCUGUAACUGAACCCCUCUCACAUGAGGACACAAGUUAUUUUCUCUUCACUGGUCAGUGUGUCGGAGCGCUGCUGUCCACCAGCUCCUCUCUCUGUGCUCAUGUUUAUUUUGAAGUACUGGAACAUGCAGCAUGUGGAGGAGCGUGUGAAGAAAGUUUGAGACGGGUGAAAGUCAGGGACAUGACGGCUGAGAGGCUGAAGGUGCUGGUCUUCUUGGCGCUGUUCUUCGGGGCGUCCGGGAUCCUGUUCACGCUGCUCUCCUGUGGGACCGAGUACUGGCUGCUGGCUUCAGAGAGCUGCAGGCAGAGGAGCGACAAGGCUCCAGACUGGGUCCGGGUCUUCCAUGAGGGUCUCUUCUGGCGCUGCUCUUUCUCAACUCCUUCUGAGGACUUCUCCACCUGGGACCUCUGGAUCUCUAAUCAGCCGUCAUCAAAGCUGUGCCAGGCCGCCUUCCUCUUCCCGUUCCCUGUGUAUGAGCCGUCGUGGGCGGAGCCUCAUGGUUUACCCUCAGAGGCGUAUGAACACAGCUCUGCUAUUGUUUUCAGAACCUUCUGGAGCAUCUUCCUCAUCGUGGGCUUGAUGUCGGUCGUCACUGGUGGGUUUGUAGUCGUCUGCGCUGGACCACUGGCCAAUCACAGGAUCUACAAAGUGGGCGGGGCCUUACAGCUGAGUGGUGGUGUGUGUCUGCUCGCAGUGGCCCUCAUGUACCUGAUGUGGGUCCAGGUUUUGGACACUCUGGAGCAGUUUGUCCUCCAUCAGAGGGUCUCCUCCUGUCCCUCCUUCCACCUCAGCAUCCAGCACGGCCCUUCAUUCCUCCUCGCUCCGGUCGCCGUCUUCUCCUGCCUGCUGGCCGGCCUGCUGUCGCUCCUGGUGGGUCGGAGUAUUGAGGAUGUGCAGAGGGACAAAAAAGAGGAGACUCAAGAGGCUCCGGCUUCUGAUGUUUAAACUGGAACUUCAUUUGUGACCUGUUUGAUGAAGGUUUGACUUGAGACUCAGAUCAUAAAACAUACACAGAGCACAGCUGUGGAUCUGUCUUUAAAGACUAACAUUAGACUCCUUAAUUGACUAAUCAAUUAAAAGGAUCCUCCUGUCUUCAAUAAUCCAGUCUGCUUUGAUUAUAAUUGAUGGAUCAGUUCAGUCGUGAGAAUAGAGGAGACUUCUUCCUGUCAUCUGAACAUCAGGUCUGAAGUAUCAGGUCAGAGGGAAGGAGGGAAGAAUAAAUGAGACUGUCAUAAUCCAUUUUCUGUUUCAGCGCGUGUAAAACACAGAUCAUCCACAAGAGGGCAGUGUUGCAUCAGGAUCAGGACCUCAGAGCAGAAGUGCAGAAGUGCAGAGCUGGCAGCAGAUUAUGGAGGGAAAUCUGUAAGUGAUAAUUAAUUCAACAAACAAAAGAAAAUGACUUUUUUCAACUUCAGUAACAUUACAUGAGAAAGA